GGCACUCACCUCGCCACCUCCCACCCCGCCCUGCUCACCAUCCAGAUCUAAACCCUAUUUUCCCCUCUCUCUCAAACUCACUCACACUUUCACCAGCACCAAGCCACUCAGAAUAUCCAUGGAUAUAACCGAAGCCACGAAAGCACACGGAGGUUGUUGGUUUUGAGAGUUUAACGGCCCCAGACAGAGUAAUAAAGACGAAGAGUUUUGAGACGGACGAAGGACGGUGGAGGGCGGGAGGGCGGCGGCCACGGGGGCAGACGCGUCCUCGUACCAUAACAAACAUGGCGAUCCUCCACAGGGAAAGUUGACCGCAAAUAUGACCCAGUUCGGCGGCAUUACUUCCUGUAGGCACCUUAAAUCCUGAGAGACCGGUGCCAGGGUGAUAGUGGAGUAAAGCACACGCGAGAAAACAGACGAAGAUGAAGUCGCCAGCGGGAGGGCAAAUUCAUCUCCUCUGACGGACUUCCUGUGCGAGUGAGCGACCCAGGACUCAUUUUUAUUGAGCCACGGUGCUAAGUGGUGGAAAUAUAACCCGGGAGUGCUUUGGAUACGGUGCCGUUGUUUAGCCAGUGGACUAGAACCUCUUGAAAUGACGAGGAAGGGUGAAAGCGGCAGGUGAUGGUGGGCGUGGGACCACGGGACCCUGUGUGGGCCCUUGGGGGGGCCUACACCCCGCCUAAAACCCCCGCCGGCCACAGCUUCCUAGAUGUGUUAGGAGAAGAGGCUGGGGGCAGGCCACUAGAUGGGGCCACACUCACUGUAGCCCUGGAUGUGGUGCAAGCCUGGGCCGUACUCAUUACUGUGGGAUUCACAUUGGUGCUCUUCCUCUUCCUGGCGUUCUGUGUCUGUGCCAGGAAAGAUGACGGAUAUGACGAUUAUGACUUGACACAAGGGAUCACCACUGUCAAGGUCUGCCAUGAUGGAGGGGAGAAUGGGCUGGGCAGUUUUCCUCGUCUCAAUGGAUCCAACAUUCUCAAGGGGAGUGAUGAAGGAUCCCAAGCUUCCAGCAGAUGCACUCUAAAGAGGGAGCUACCAGCCAUUCCCCUCAGUGCACAGCCAGACCCGGCAGGACCUGAGUGUAACGUGGAGCGCACCCAGUCCCAGCAUUCUUCAGAUCUGUAUGCUGCCGUGGGAGACGUAGAUGGUGGUGCUGGUCUAGGAAAGGUCAUUGGAGGGGUCCAGGUGCUCCCAGCUGGUGCCAUUGGGCCUGAUGGUCGGGCUGCCAUCAUCAGGGAUCCCACCCUCACCUCUCCCACUGAGCCUACACCCCCCCCUCCUCACCCAGACGCUGUUAGUGGUGAGGGGGCAGCAGGUCAUCCCUAUGCCAAAGUAAAGAAGAAUCACCCAUACGCUCAUGUCAAACUACCAAAGAAGGAUCAUCCAUAUGCUAAGGUUAUCCGCGAUGAUUCAGAAGAUCCAGAAACGGAUACUGAUAAUUAUGAUGACCCUAAAGCCAUUACCAAAGAAAAGAGUCCCGGAUGGAGCUCAGAGGGUGGGUAUGAACCUGCUCCUCCAGUACCGGAGAAAAGAUUUGACCUGGAGGAGGAAAAGACUCAAGGAGCAGCUGCACCUGAUCACAUGAUGAGCUCAUCUGUGACCUCAGCCUCCUCAGAGAAGGGACCAGCCUCCCCCAGGUCACCCCACCUCAGUGCUCGGCCAGCAGCGUCUGGAAGCACCCCCUCACCCACCUCUCCUGCUCCCAGCCAAUCAGCUUCCACAGAGAUCCAGGCUGCCUUGGCCAUCUCAGGGAGGACACCAGCCAACGAGGAGAUGCCAUACAUGACACCUCCCCUCCACCAUCAACCUGAAGAGGCUGGUAUAGAGAUCUCAUCCCAGCAAAACUUCAGUGGAGACUCUCAGGAUUCACGUGGCUAUACAAGCAUCAGCGUGCGGGAGCCUCUGGCAGCCAUCAAGGCGCAAACACAAGCUGCCAACGCCAAUCAAACAACAGGGGGCCAGCCAGGAGAGGGAGAAGGGUACUACAUGACUGUCUCAGAUGAUUCUGCUGAUGAGAUGUAUGCCUGCAUCUAUGAGGGCAACAGAGGGGUGGGUAGUGAAACGUAUGCCCAGAUUGAACCCAGGUCAACGCCUCCCCCACCUCCACCUCCAAUGCCAAGUCCACCUCAUGCUCCAUCAACCCCUUCACCACUUUCAACUCGAGGUGAAUCCCAGCCUCCUCCUGCACCUCCAAGUGUUGACAGUCUGCGCCAUGUUGUGCACUCCAGACAAGCUUCAUCAAGUAGCGCUGCCAGCACAGUGAUGGGAAGUCCUGGAGCUGAGAAGAGAGGCACUCGCUCACCUUUGCCACCACUGCCCCAGGGAGACACCAGCAUGUACUCCGGGCACUCACCACAACCUCCACACUCUCCACCACGCACUGUUGCCCCGGCGGAGAGACCCACACAGAGGGCACUGGAGGAAAUGUAUGCCAAGGUGAUGAAGAAGCAACGUCCUGGUCAUGCACGCGGAGAUAGCUGUGGUGGUGUUGGUGGUGGGGAGAGUGAUGCAGGUAGUGUUUCCUCCUCUCGCAGAGGGUCAGUAGAUGUUGGAGGAGCCUCUCGCUGGGGUACUCAUGCAUCUUCCCCCCCAACCACUCCUCGCCAGUCAGUCGAUCUUGGAUCUAUGACUCGCAGUCUUGUUGAGACCCGUAAUCAUGAAGUUGUCUCUUCCAUCAGUCGGGCAAAGUCUUAUGAAAAAACUGGAGUCUGGAGCACUCCUACUCAGCAUGCCCAGCCUAACCCUAACUAUGAGACUAUACCCCAGAUACCACCCACUAACUUUUACUCUGGCUCAGAUCCAGGCUAUGAGACUGUCAAAAAUGCUGAGCCAGCCUAUGCCAGUGUAGAAAGACCAGAGGAAAAUUAUCCUGGCUAUGAGACAGUAAAGCCUACCUCAGACAUAGAAUCUGAACCUGGAUACGAGACGCUCAAGCACCGGGAAUAUGAACCCGGCUAUGAGACGGUCACUGGAGAGACUAAGCAGGCCCCUUCUGAACCUGGAUAUGAAACAGUUGCUCACGAGAAGAUCCAAGAGGAUUAUGAACCAGGUUAUGAGACUGUCACACAUCCCAGGCCAGAACCUGGCUAUGAGAUGGUGAAAGGAAAGCCUGGAAGUGCAUUUGGAGAUCCAGGAUAUGAGGAACUGAAGGGAGCAGCCCAUCACCCACGAACUAUCUCAGAAAAUGAUCCAAACUAUGAACAGCUCAAAUUCACCAGCCGGCGGUCAAGUGAAGGUGAGUCAGAGCCUGGCUAUGAGGUGGUGAAGAAGGCAGAGGAGACAGAGAGCACCUAUGAACUAAUGCGAGAUUAUGAUACCCAGCACUUCCCUCCUUAUGAGAAGGUAGCACAGCCUGAUGUGGUUCCACUGCAGCAGGCAGCUGCUCCUGUUUAUGCUACUGUUCAGAAAGGCAUUGAUAAGAAGCCCAAGAGCCCUGAAGAGCCUGUGACCAGUCAACCUUCAGCUGUCCUUGAAAGUAAUAGUGACAGUUUUCCCCCAGCAGGAACAGAGGCUCUGAUGAGGAUAGGAUCUAAAGAAGAUGAAAAAGAUAUGAUGCUACCCCUUGGUAAGGUGGAAGAACAGCAAGAGCCUUUUGAGAGAAGAUCACCAGAAAGUAAGAGUCCUAAAGGAUCUCCACCAGGAAUGAAGAGCCCUAAGGGCUCACCCACAUCAUCAGUCAAGAGUCACAAAGGAUCUCCUCAAAGCAAAAGUCCUAGAGACUCACCAACCUCAAGGAAAAGUUCCAGAGGAUCAAUUAAAAGUCCAACAGGAUCAAUUAAAAGUUCUAAAAGUCCUUCCUCACCAAAACCUUUAGUAAGCUCUUCUCCACCAACCAGAAGCCCUCCACUAUCAGCUAAAAGUCCUGAGGGUUCUCCCAAGGAAGUCAGAAGCCCACUGGCCUCAUCUCCUCCUGUCAAGAGUCCUAUAAGCUCUCCAAAGGAAGUGACAAGUCCAAUUUGUUCUCCGAGACAAGGGAAAGGUCCAGUAAGCUUCCAGCCUUUAGCUAAGAGUCCAUUCAGCUCCAUGGGUGAGAAGGAUUCUAUGGCAGCCUCUGGAGUGGAUGAAAGUUCAGGGGAAGAUUCUCCACCUAUGAUGAGGAGUCCUAGUCCUGAUAUUGAUGUUCCACUUGACAGAAAGAGUCCAGUGCAAAGUUUCAAAAAGGAGAGUCCACCAAGUGAGAGAGCUUCCACAACAGCUUUUGGCUUGGAUGAAACUUCAGGCAAAGAAACUCCACCAAUGAUGAGGAGUCCUAGUCCAGAUGAUGAUGUACCACUUACCAGACAGAGUCCAAUCACUCAGAGUCCUGUCAAAGAGAGUCCUCCCAUGAUGAAGAGUCCAAGCCCUGACAUGGAUUUGCCUCCUCCACAAAAAAGUCCACCUCCACCUCAAGAAGAGAAGGAAUCACCACCCAUGAUGAAGAGUCCAAGCCCUGACAUGGACCUGCCACCUCCCCUCAGAAAGAGUCCCGCUAGCUCUCCCCCGGCACCUAGUGAAGAAGUGCCACCCAUGACUCAAAGUCCAGGUCUUGAUUUCCCCCCACCAGCCUCAAUACCUUCCCCACCUCAGAGUCCAGAUAAAGAGACUCCCUCAAAUACAAGGAGCCCAAGUCCAGACAGUGAAGCUGCCUCUCCCAUCAAGGCUAGUCCCAAGCCACCCAGUCCCCCAGCUCAAAUCCCGGCAGUAGCAGCAGCAGUCUCUUCAGACUCUAGCUCCCUGUCUGAAACUGGGUCUCCUUUAGCGGGUUUACCUCCACCUCCUCCAUUGUUGACUGAUACAGGUGCGGAAGAUAAAGACACUGGUGUAACAGAACCUGAACAAAUCCAGGAAUCCUCUCAGAAUGCAGAUAUUAUAACUAACUUUGGUGGCAGUGAAGGACCACAGUUUUCAUCACUUACAAGUGAGAAUAUAGAGGAAUCGGCCCCAACAGUGACUGAAGAGGCAGAGACCUUCCCGGUUCAGCCUGAGAUGCUGGGAUCUGAACGUGAGGGUUCUCCAGUAGCCUUCAGUAGCCUAGGCUCUGAGGACCUUCCAGCUCCUCUUGCCGCAGAUGACACACUGAGUCAUCCUCAGGAGACUGUGAAUCCACUCUAUUUACUAGAUGAGGUCAAUAAUGGUGGCCUUGAAUAUGCACCAUACAACAUGCAAGAUGCUGCACCUCCUCCUCCUCCUCCUUCAGGACCAUCAAGCCUAUGUAGUGAGCUUCCUCCACCCCCACCAAUGGUUAUGGACAUGGAUGAUGCAGAUGCAGUCUUUACCAAUGACCUGCCUCCACCACUCCCUGAGUCCUCCCCAUUCAUGCCCCGUACCAGCACCCUUUGUGAUGACACCCCACCACCCCCACUAGUCCCCCCUUCUGAUGUGGAAGGGUUGGAUGAGAUGCUGAAUCUAGCAAACAUGGGCUCCUCCUCUUCUGGCAGUACUGCUGGCCAGCCUGGCAGCCUCCAUGGAAACUCUGAAAAAGACUCAGAUUCACCACAAGAGCCCAGUGUCUUGCUGAUGGAAGGAAGUGUUGCAGGGGAAGAACUACCCCCUCCUCCCCCUCUUCCAGAGCCUCCAGAACCCUUAGAGACCAAGGCAGAGAAAGACUCUGAUUCUGAAAUGGACAACUCUAUAUCUUCAGGGUAUGAGGGUGGCUUCACUGCUGGUGGCAUUACUGUCACUGUUAACCCAAUGUCUGAUGUAGAGGAGACUUCAGAGUCCCCAGUGAGUAGCCUUCCUCCUCCACCCCCUCCUCCAGCUUCUAGUGAGACCCCACAUGUAGCACCUCCUUCCCCAGUUGUUGCUGCAGCUGCAGGAGCUAACAGUGCUGGCAGCCAGAGCAGCAGCAGUGGGUCAGGGAGCCAGGACACAGGUAGUGGCAGUGUGGAAAGUGUGGUGACUGUAGAGUGCGUGCCACCCCCAGACAUUCCUGGUCCGGCUGUUCAGCAGGCUUCGGAUACCUCAUCCAGCCCAGAAAACCACAACCUGGAGCAGCAUGAACAGAUUACACCUGUCUGAGGCCUCGCCGAUACAGCAGCAACAGCAGGUGAUGGUAGUGGACCGGGCACAGUUUUGUAGGUACAGUUGCUCAGGACACUCUAGCACUCACACUUCCUACUAGAAUGGGUCAGCUCACUUGUCAUCCACCAAAGGAGGCCAAUAUCUACUGUAGUUGGGUAGUUGAUAACCCAAGUGUUAGUCACAUUUUCACGUAUUGCAAUCUUGUGGACCAUCUGAAGUUAGGCAACGCUACUAUUAGUGGAAUACUCUGGUAGCUGUUGGCUGUGAAAUAUUGAUAUUAUAUUAGUUCCCUUCUAGCUAGGAAAGAAUUCCUCAGUAGAUUAAGUAAUAUUAAUGGUGUCAUUGAUGUGGGUUUGUCAUUGGUGGCACUUUCCUUGCCAUUCUCUCUGGCAGUACCCUUUAGUUUUAUCUACAUCUUACAUCUCUGCCAGCAAGCUGCUGCAGGUUUAUACGAAAGUAAUUUUUAUGAUUAUUUUUCUUAAUUACAUCAAACAUUUGUCUAGUGAGUGGGAAGCUGGGUUUGGUAUUCAGAUUUUUACCCUGUAACAGAUUGUAUGUUUGUAUAAGUAGAGGAAAUGAGGCAGCAAAGCACUUGUUUCCUACAAAUAGGUAUGGCUGAGUGUAGCAUUAGCAAGGACAACCGUCGUGUCUCACAGGACUGUGGCAGUUCCGCCAGCUACCUCGAGUCUGGUGGGCAAAUGAAUCCCCAUCAAAAGUUCUGAGUGUCUGUCACCAAAGUUCCUGUUUUUUGCAAAAAGAAGCAGGCGAAAGCUUUAUGGUCUUUACUGUGUGUUCAUUACAUGUAAAGUGGAAAGUUGUAUUUACUAUGGUGUAUGGUUGUAGCCAAUCAGGAGUCACUUCAUUUGACUGCCUUCUGAUUCAAGUUAUCCUCAUCAGAAUAUCUGGCAGUAGUUCAUAUUCUAGGUCAGCAUGUAUAGUUCAUUUAACAUUUCUUUAUAGGUGUACAAAUGGUAACAGUGGCAUUUCAAUCAGUAGAGAAGUGUCUGCAGAGCAUCAUGCAGUCAGAUAGUUAUAAAAGCUCAAUUGCACCUCACAGUUGUUAUAAUAUUACCUCUCAGUGGUGUUGCAAGACUCAUUAAGAUUACAGUCUCACAGAGGCAGAUUCUUGUUUUAGCUGCACAUGCAAGUAGCCUCUCACCAUUUACUUCUCUUGUUCAAGCACUGAGAGUGGGUGUGAACAGAUGUGUGGCAGAUGUGAGACCCCUUUGCCUUGUAAAACUUAUCCAAAUUUUAUAUAUAUAUUUUGGCCCAAUGGUUUUGUACCAAUCUGCAUUUAUCCAUUAACUUCAGUUUUUAGGAAUUUUAGCAUGAUUGAGUAUUGAUAGCGAUGAGGUUUAUGAAUGAGGUGAAGUGAAUAUCUUGUACUGUUAUCUUGAAAGUGAGCUCUAUGUCCUGUUUUGGCAUAGAUCAAAUCUGAAACAUAUUUUGUCUUACAUCAAUUUAUAGAAGUCAGCAAUCAUACCCUUUGUGUACUGACAAACUAUUUAUUUAUCAAUCUUGUAAUGAAUGCAAGGGAUUAUCUCAGCCAUGGUUUAUAGAUGUAUUUUGUAAGGGAUACAGUGAAACCUUUUACCACAGUAUGUGGUGUUCAGAGCUGGCCACUGAACUUAAAUACUGAUGUAGAGGAAGUAUUUUGCUAUAUAUAAUCAAAUACUGGUACUGUUAAAGUGUAACAAAUACCUUUGGCCCUGAAGCAGGUCUCUCUCUCUCUCUCUCUCUCUCUCUCUCUCUCUCUCUCUCUCUCUCUCUCUCUCUCUCUCUCUCUCUCUCUCUCUCUCUCUCUCUCUCUCUCUCUCUCAAGAAUUAUUCUUUAAAUAUAUGUUUUGUAGGACAUCCUGUACACUACUAUUGCAUUUAAUGAGUUGGUGGAAUAAUGAUCUCCUUGAAUAACAUCAAACCACACUAUUUAACACUGCCAGAUCACUGAAUGACUUACUUAGCUUCACAAUUGACUUGUGUAAUGCAAGCUCUGAACCUGCUGAGCUGAGCAAUGAAUGUACCAGUGACAACGAAAGGUGAUUGCCCUUGAAGGUUUCACUGUUGAUGUAGCUUUAGUGUGUGUGUGUGUGUGUGUGCCAAAACUUCAGUGUUGUGACAUAUUAUGGAAUUGGUGUCCAGCAGUUCUAGGGUAUUACAGUCCUCUUACAUGAAUAUUGCCAAUUUUGUAUCUAUGAAGUUAGGCUUUGCAAAAUUUUUUGCGUCCAAAUUCAGGCAGUGAAUAAGGCGGGCUGAGGUUUGUCUUGUAAAGUUGAUACCCUGUUUUCUCUUAUUCUUCUAUGAAUUAUCUUUUUCCUAUAACGGAAUUUUUCACUUUGUGUGAGUAACACAAAUUCUUAGAGUACCUGAACAUUUAUUUUCCUUCUUUGUUAGUAAAUGUUGUGUUUUUCAUUAUUUAGUCACCAGAAUCGGGUUUACAUAGUUGUCUCCACGUUGGGUUCGAGGGGUCGGCCGUUUAUUGAAUGAUGUGAAUCUUCUCUCGUACGUUUUGUGAGCUUUACACAAGGUAACAUAAAUGCAAGCUUAAGUGGUCGUGAAGGCUGAGCUGCUUCCGUGUCUAAUUCUGUCACUUUUUUUUUUUUUUUUCCCACACUUUUCUCUAUAUCUCUCUAUUUAUCUAUCUAACUUUUUCUUCCCUGCUAGUGUUUACCUUAGUACUUGAGUCAGAAGCUUCAGACACACACACACUUACAUGAUGCACAAGGUUAUUAGACAUGGCAUAGACUUAUGUACUUAGUUUUAAUUUUCUAUUUAUUUAACACUUCAUCCCCUAUGAUUUUUACUGCUGGUGCUAAUGAAUGCUGACUAUCGUAGGAGGUCUUGUAAAUAGCUUGAGAUCUGUACGUUUUUUUUUUCUUUUUAUUUGAUCACCGUUUUCCAUUGUUGAGGCUUCCUUCUGUCUUGAUAUUACUGAAAUGAUUGCAAUAUAUUCUUAUCUAUGUGCAUAAACUUUGUAUAGGAUGAUUAUUUUACUGUUACAGCCUUUUUUUUUUUUUUUUUUUUUUUUUUUUCCCCAUCCAUACACACACACACACACACACAUAUAUGUGCAUGUGUGUGUGUGUAUGUAUGUAUGUAUUCAUAUUUAUAUAUAUUUAUGUAUAUCCAGAGAUCACUACAUUUUAUCCUUCCUUCACAUGUACUUAAUAUAUUGCACCUGUAACUAUGUAGCAUCCUCAAAUAAUCAUUAAUAUAUUUGUUUACAUUGCUUACUUCAUCUUAUCUUAAAGUAUCAGAAUUCUAUGAGUAUGAGCCAAGUGCUUGACACCUUGGUGACCCCAUGGCUGCCUCUUGACCCUCCACUGCACAGAGAACAUUCACAAUAGUUAUGUUCAUUGUAGGCAGGAGAGUCUGCUCAUGCUGCUGCCCAAUACCUUGGUAUUUUAUUUUACCUAGACUCUCUCUCUCUCUCUCUCUCUCUCUCUCUCUCUCUCUCUCUCUCUCUCUCUCUCUCUCUCUCUCUCUCUCUCUCUCUCUCUCUCUCUCUCUCUCCCCUGAAAGCAAUAACUAUUCAAUUGCAUAUAUAGUUGUGAAACUCUGUCUAUGAUAGUGAAUGCAGUUACCCACUAUGUAUGUCCAGGUAAAAUGUUAACGAUUGGUUUGGUUGCCUCAGCAUUGAAGCAUCUGAUACUAGUCUGUUUCCUAGGUCACUGAUGGUGCAGAGCCUUGUGCAUUUCUUGUUUACUCUCUAUUCUUUGCUGUUAUAGUUAUGUUACAUUUUUGUUUUUAUUAUUGUGUUUGCUGUGUCUUUUCCUUAUAUAUCUAUCUAUAUAUAGUAUAUAUAAUUUUUUCCCCUUGUUAUGUUACAGUUGGUCAGUGUUAAAUACUACAUGGUUUUGUGUCUUGCUGUUGAACUGGCUGUAGAGGUUUUAACAGUCUCAUAAUGCAUUUCUUGUGUGUACCAAAAAAUCACUAUAAGGUCUAUUAUCAAAGAAUUGUGUUAGUUCCAUUACGUUAGUCAUGGUAAGUCAAUGGAGGAACAGUAUUACGAAAGUUUUGCCACAUAGGUCAACAGUUUUCUAUACAUAGCAAUAAGAUGAGUUAUGUACUCUUGAGUAUUGAAGUGGCUAGCUUUGAUAUAUUGUCCCUUUCUCUUUAUUAGCUUUCAACAAUAGGCAUUAGGAAUAUAUUCAAGCCUCUUCCUCUUAGAGAUUAAGUGUUCUGUGUUCAUGGUGACUAUUUUGGUACCUAGUGAAUUCCUUUAAUUAAGCCUGUGACACUUAACAUUUACAUCAAGUGCAAGUCACUUUGUUAUUGCCAAGCACAAUGGAGGCUGUCGGGGCAGAGCAACGACAAUUGUUUCUUGCUAAUAUAAUGUGAGGGGAUAGCAAUAUCUUUGAAAAAAAAAAAAGUGAUAAUGGUGAAGUAUUUUGAAACCUGUAAAAGUAUUUGUAUCUGUAUGAAAUUGUUACUAAUUCAGACAUUAUCACAGAUAUUAGGAAACAAUAUUGUUUAUUGUUUUGUUUUAUGACUUCACACCAUAGAUUAUUAUUUCCAUGGUUACUGCUUGAGUGAUUUGAAGGAUGGUGCUCACAUUUUGAUAAGGAGUUAAGCUAGAAUAUGAUAUUCCCAUAUUUGCAUUCCUGAAGAUCUCAUGUUGCACUUGUUAUGUUGUUCAUCAUUUUUGUUUUAUUUUCAAGUGUACAGUUUUAUAUUCUUUUGGAACAGAUUAUAAUGAGCUUUGUUGAGAAGUAUCCAUAAAAGUUCUGUGACCAUUCAGUAUAAUAGUGUCAGGUUGAAUCCCAGAUGUAAAUUAAGGUAUUUUUAUAUUUAUUUGGUAAUUAUUAUUAUUAUUUUUUCUAUACUCAUAGACUAAGCAAUAACAAUCUGAAUUGCACUCUCAGGCCAGCAAUUAAAUCUUUUUUUCUUCAAGCUGCAAGUCAUCUGUCACAAAUAUUUGACUUACAUUUCCAUGAGUUUUACUAGGAAAUUGUAAUAUAUAUUAUGUGUAAUAUUAUGUAGUGUCCAGUGUUAAUUUAUGCCCUGUUUGAUUGCUAUGGUCUGAAGUGACAUUAUGUUGGAGACAACAGUAAUAUAUUUAGUGUGCGUUAUUCAUUCCGUAGUGUAUUUAUAAACUUGGAGGAGCAAGUUUUAUAUCCCAACCAUGUCUUUUUUUUUUUUUUUUUUUUAUUAUUAUUAUUAUUAUUAUUGUAUCCCGUUAAAGAAUAAUUGGUAUGUUUGGUUGCCUUCCUAGAGUAGUCACCAAACACCCCUGUGGUCCCCAGGCAAACAGGUGGUGUACCAUGAGUCGUAGAACCAGUUCAUCAGGAUGCUCUUGACCAUCAUUCACAGCUCAGCUUUAUGUGUCUGUUCAGCCAUAGUUGUAGGCGGUGGUGGGUGCGGCCCUGGCCCAACCUUGAGCAAGGUGGAUUGGGCCGCUCACCACCAGCCACUCAGUUUUUAUGGUCUGUGAGGUACUUACACAGUAAACAAGGAUUACAUAGAUCAUAA